GUGUUGGGGCUUGGCCCCAGCCUCCAUCUUCGUCUCUCAGGAUGGCGAGCAGCAGCGGCUCCAAAGCCGAAUUCAUCGUUGGAGGGAAAUACGAACUAGUACGGAAGAUCGGGUCUGGCUCCUUCGGGGACAUUUAUCUGGCGAUCAACAUCACCAACGGCGAGGAAGUGGCAGUGAAGUUGGAAUCUCAGAAGGCCAGGCAUCCCCAUUUGCUGUAUGACAGCAAGCUCUAUAAGAUUCUUCAAGGUGGUGUUGGCAUCCCUCACAUACAGUGGUAUGGUCAGGAAAAAGACUACAAUGUUCUAGUCAUGGAUCUUCUUGGGCCCAGCCUCAAAGACCUCUUCAAUUUCUGUUCAAGAAGGUUCACAAUGAAAACUGUACUUAUGUUAGCUGACCAGAUGAUCAGUAGAAUUGAAUAUGUGCAUACAAAGAAUUUUAUACACAGAGACAUUAAACCAGAUAACUUCCUAAUGGGUACUGGGCAUCACUGUAAUAAGUUAUUCCUUAUUGAUUUUGGUUUGGCCAAAAAGUAAAGAGACAACAGGACAAGGCAACACAUACCAUACAGAGAAGAUAAAAAUCUGACUGGCACUGCCCAAUACGCCAGCAUCAGUGCACAUCUUGGUAUUGAACAGAGUUGCCUAGAUGACAUGGAAUCAUUAGGAUAUGUUUUGAUGUAUUUUAACAGAACCAGCCUGCCAUGGCAAGGACUGAAGGCUGCAACAAAAAAACAGAAAUAUGAAAAGAUUAGUGAAAAGAAAAUGUCCACUCCUGUUGAAGUUUUAUGUAAGGGAUUUCCUGCAGAAUUCACCAUGUAUUUUAACUAUUGUCGUGGGCUGCGCUUUGAGGAAGCCCCAGAUUACAUGUACCUGAGGCAGCUAUCCCGCAUUCUUUUCAGGACCCUGAACCACCAAUAUGACUACACAUUUGACUGGACAAUGUUAAAGCAGAAAGCAGCUCAGCAGGCAGCCUCUUCAAGUGGGCAGGGUCAGCAGGCCCAAACCCCCACAGGUUUCUAAGCAUGAAUCAAGGAACAGAAGAAGCAGAGCAGAUGAUUGGAGCAGCAUUUGUUUCUCCCCAAAUCUAGAAAUUAUAGUUCACAUGUACACUAGCCAGUGGUUGUGGACAACCAUUUACUUGGUGUAAAGAACUUAAUUUCAUUAUAAACUGGCUCUGGACAGCAUUGGUGAUGCUGUGUCCUGAGUUGUAGCUGCUGUAAUUGUGAAUAUUUACUGAGAUAGUGAAACAUGGUGUCCAGUUUUCUAUUGCAUUUUUUCAAGUGGAAAAGUUAACUAAAUGGUUGACACACAAAUUGGUGGAGAAAUUGUGCAUAUGCCAAUUUUUUGUUGAAAUCUUUUAUUUUGAACUACACUACUGUUUGAGAUCUCAUUUCAGAAGAAUGGCAUGAACAGUCUUCAGCCACAGUUGUGAUGGUUGUAAAUGCUCACAAUUGUGCAUUCUUAGGGUUUAUUCACCCCUGGGGUUUGCAAAUUGUUCACUUAUAACAU